AUGGCCGCCAGAAAUGCAGACUCCAUGACCAACGCACAAGGCGAAUUCCAUCCCUCUAGGCCUCGUGAUGAACCAAUGGAAAAGAAAGGUCACCAAAUUGGCCAAAAAGUCAGCCCGGCCGACAACGCACCAGAGUUCUCUGCAAAGACGCUUCCCCCGGGAACCGCGCCCAAGGAAUCAACGUAUCAACCGAACCCAGUCUCUGAAGUCCCGGGACAAGCCAACAACCCUGACGUGCUUCGGUCCCACGGCAAGGAAGAGGUCCGCACCGACCCGCUGAGCACGAUGCCCGGGGCCACCUCCGCGGACGUGCACACCGGUCUAGGCAAGCCCAUGCAAGGCGAGACGAGCAACGAACUGGAACACGAUGGGCGCCACACUCGAAAGAUCCUGGGGAGCGGCCCUGAGGCUAGGGGCGCCACGGGCGGAAGUGGUCUGCACGGUGAUGUAAACGUCGAGUUCCGCAGGCUCGGGACAGACGGGCACCCCCGCGGGCCACUUGCUGGACACAACGACACACUCGAAGGCUCGAAGAUUGAGCCCGUGCGGGACGAAGAACUUGCGGCCGAAGGUGAUAAAGUCAAGAAGGACCCGGGAUAUCCGAGAUCAAAGGACGCGACGGGCGUCCCUGAUCGAGGAGCAGGGAAUGAUCAUAAGCAAUAA